GCAGCGUGGAGCUGCUGUCCCUGGUGUUGUUGCAAAAGGGGCUAGAAUCACACCAUCGUUCUGCCGCUUCCAUGCUUCCCCUCCUCGAUUCGGAGUCAGGAAUCAGGUCUUGGGUUGAUUAGGAGGUGAUCCAUCUGCGCGCAAUCUUCUUCUGCCUCAGUAGGCACAAUUGUGACUCAGCCAUGGCUGCUGCGAUGCAGAAUGCGAGGUCGCGGCUUUCUGCCCUUGUGGCUUCUAGUCGAUUCCUCUCCUUCUCCUCCCGUGCCGCGUCGUCGUCGUCGUCGUCUGUUCCCCACCAUGAUUUCGACCCGUCACGCCGAUCGUUCUCUAGCGAAAGCGACCAUGAGAAGCUCAUCACGGCUACUUUGUUUCCUGGCGAUGGCAUUGGGCCUGAGAUCGCUGUGUCUGUGAAGGAGAUUUUUGAGGCCGUCAAAGCCCCUAUCCAGUGGGAGGAGCAUUGGGUGGGUACUAAGGUCGAUCCGCGAACUGGCAGCUUUCUCACAUGGGAAAGCAUGGAAUCUGUGCGGAGAAACGGGAUUGGUCUGAAGGGUCCCAUGACCACCCCUAUCGGCAAGGGUUUCAAGUCCCUUAAUUUGACCCUAAGGAAGGAACUAGGUUUGUACGCGAAUGUCAGACCAUGUCUGAGUAUUCCAGGAUAUAAGACACGGUAUGACAAUGUUGACCUGGUCACCAUUCGAGAAAACACUGAAGGCGAGUACAGUGGGUUGGAACAUCAGGUGGUGAGCGGGGUGGUGGAGAGCAUAAAAAUUAUUACCAAGAAUGCAAGUAUGCGCGUGGCUAAGUACGCAUUCCACUAUGCUCGCUUACACGGCAGGAAGCGUGUCUCUGUCAUUCACAAAGCAAAUAUCAUGAAGAAAACAGAUGGAUUAUUUUUGGAGUGUUGCAGGGAAAUAGCUGCUGAGUACCCAGACAUUGUGUAUGAAGAGGUCAUCAUUGACAAUUGCUGCAUGAUGUUGGUAAAGAACCCCGCAUUAUUUGAUGUAUUGGUAAUGCCUAAUCUUUACGGUGAUAUCAUCAGCGAUUUGUGCGCUGGUCUAAUUGGCGGUCUAGGGCUGACGCCUAGUGGAAACAUUGGAGAUAAUGGAUUGGCCUUGAUGGAAGCUGUGCAUGGAACGGCUCCUGAUAUUGCUGGCAAGAAUUUGGCGAAUCCAACGGCCCUGUUGUUGAGCUCUGUGAUGAUGCUACAUCAUCUGAAGUUGCACAACUACGCGGAUCAAAUCCACAGUGCUGUGCUGAAGACAAUUUCGGAGGGGAAGUAUCUUACUUCUGAUCUUGGUGGCAAAUCUACCACCUCGGACUACACCAAAGCACUCAUUGACAACCUUUGAGCGAUCUGUGGCAUUGUGUGCCAGGAAGGGCUCAUGUACUUCGACCAGGGAUGCUUCUGCAACGCUAUUGAUAAACAAAAGUUCCCGAAGUCAUACGAGGAUAGACUUGCAGUGGGAAUGCAAAGCAAGUGGCAACUUGUGUACAAAACUCCCGUAUCCCAUCUUUUAAGCAUGGAUGAUGAAUGUCCACCUGGAGCGUGAAGAUUAUUAUGGAAGGUGGUUCACAUUAUUAUUUGUGAGGGGUUUUCGCGCUUUCCUCCCGUAAUUAGUGGACACAGGGUAGACAUUGUGCUGUAUUACUGUUUUCUCUCAACAGUACAUCAAAACAUCACCGUCCUCAGGAGUUCUUUUACCAGCUUGUCAGCAUCAUGAGCAAUAAACAAAUCGAUUUUAUUUUUUUUUCAA